UUCCUAGUCGCUAGCCUCACUGCAGUUCUCAUGCUCUCUCUCUCUCUCUCUCUAGUCUCUACUCCAUGGCGACGCUGUCACCGCACUGCCAUUACCGCCCCUCCCACCACCGCAGAAUCUCCCAACCUACCGAUUUAUCUGGUCGGAGCUUCAAUUCCACUCUCCAAAAAUCGCUCAUCAUUUGCAAGAACUCCAAUAACGAAUCGGCAUUCGCAGAGAAAAAGCAAGUUCUAGUGGACUACAACAAUGGCAAGCACGAAAUUCGAACCCUCGUUAAUGGACUCCGAAAAGUCGAUAUACCCAGGCGGUACCAGUUGCGAGUUGAGGGCGAACGAUUCCAGAAGGACUGGACGGUCACUGAGGUCGUCCAAAGAAUUCUGAAGCUACAAAAUCAUAGCGAUGUCGAGGCUUUGCUGAAUUGCUGGGUUGGACGAUUUGCUAGAAAGAAUUACCCUGCUCUUAUGAAGGAGUUGACUCAAAGUGGGUCUAUUGAACACUGUGUUCAAGUAUUUGUUUGGAUGAAGAACCAACAGAAUUAUUGUGCCCGUAAUGAUAUCUACAAUAUGAUGAUAAGGCUGCAUGCCCGACAUAACCGAACCGAUCAAGCUCGUGGUUUGUUUUUUGAAAUGGAAAAGUGGAGAUGCAAACCUGAUGCCGAGACUUACAAUGCCCUAAUCAAUGCACAUGGUAGAGCAGGCCAAUGGCGUUGGGCGAUGAAUAUAAUGGAAGACAUGCUACGUGCUGCUAUCCCUCCUAGUCGAUCAACAUUUAAUAACUUGAUAAAUGCAUGUGGAUCUUGUGGAAAUUGGAGAGAAGCUUUGCGAGUUUGCAAGAAAAUGACGGACAACGGGGUUGGCCCUGAUCUUGUGACUCACAAUAUUGUUCUAUCUGCAUACAAAAGUGGGGCUCAGUAUUCAAAAGCUUUGUCCUAUUUUGAAUUGAUGAAGGGCACAAAAAUCCGACCUGACACAACUACACUUAAUAUUGUGAUUCAUUGUUUGAUAAAGGUCAAAAAAUAUGGACAAGCUAUUGAAAUUUUUAAUUCCAUGCGGGAGAAGAGGGCUGAAUGUCAUCCUGACGUUGUAACUUUCACCAGCAUCAUCCAUCUUUAUUCUGUAUGUGGGCAGAUUGAAGAUUGUAAAGCUGCAUUUAAUACAAUGCUGGGAGAAGGCAUAAAACCUAACAUUGUUUCAUAUAAUGCUCUAAUAAGUGCAUAUGCUUCCCAUGGGAUGGAUAAAGAAGCAUUUUUAGUUUUUGAUGAGAUGAAAAGGAGUGGUUUUCGCCCUGAUGUUGUGUCUUAUACAUCUUUACUCAGUGCAUUUGGAAGAUCUCAGCAACCUGCAAGGGCUAGGGAAGUGUUUGAUAUGAUGAAGAGAAACAACUGUAAGCCAAAUAUUGUUACCUACAAUGCAUUAAUAGAUGCUUAUGGAUGUAAUGGUUAUUUAACUAAAGCUAUUGACAUCUUACGUGAGAUGGAGCAAGAUGGAAUCCAGCCAAAUGUUGUCUCAAUAUGCACCCUCUUGGCUGCUUGUGGACGAUGUGGUCAAAAGGUGAAUAUAGAUGCUGUACUUUCAGCUGCCAAGCUUCGGGGAAUUCCACUGAACACUAUUGCAUAUAAUUCAGCUAUUGGGAGCUAUAUGAAUAUUGGUGAAUAUGAAAAGGCAAUUAAUUUGUAUAAAUCAAUGAAGAAAAUGAACACUAAACCAGACUGUGUCACAUAUACUAUCUUGAUAAGUAGUUGUAGUAGGAUGUCAAGAUAUGACGAAGCACUCUACUUUUUCAAAGAAAUGGUAGAUUUGAGGAUUCCUUUGUCCAAAGAGAUCUACUCCUCUAUGAUCUGUGCUUAUAGCAAACAGGGUCAACUUGUGAAAGCAGAAUCUAUGUUCAACUCAAUGAAGGGGAGUGGUUGUUGUACUGAUUUAGUUACAUAUACAGCAAUGAUAAAUGCAUAUAGUGCAUCUGAGAACUGGGAAAAGGCUUGCGCCUUGUUUCAUGAAAUGGAAACAAAUAACAUUGAACUGGAUCAUAUCGCAUGCUCCGCUUUGAUGAAAGCAUUUAGUAAGGGAAACCAGGCCUCCAACGUUCUUAUUCUGGCAGAUAUCAUGAAGGAGAAGGGAAUCCCUUUCAACGAUGCCAAUUUCUUUGAUAUGUUGUCAGCUUGUAGCAUACUACGAGAUUGGAGGAAAGCAACUGACUUAAUCAAGCUAAUGGAGCCCUCUUUGCAUCUUGUUUCAGUAGGAACCAUUAACCAUCUUCUGAACUUUCUGGGAAAAAGUGGAAAGACGGAGAUUAUGAUGAAGCUAUUCUACAGAUUCAUGGCAUUGGGAUCCAGUGUCAAUAUUAAUACUUAUUCAAUAUUGCUGAAGAAUCUUUUGUCGGCUGGAAAUUGGAGGAAAUACAUUGAGGUAUUGCAGUGGAUGGAUGAUGCUGGAAUUCAACCCUCAAAUGCAAUGUACAAGGACAUACUUUACUUUGCACAAAAUUGUGGGGGUGCUGAGUGUGCCGCUGUCAUUAAAGAAAGAGUUGAAUCUCUGAAAAGAUAGUCUGGAGCAAGCUUUUUGUAUUCAUAUCCUCCCAUUUAACGGGUGUUAUUACACGUUCACCCUUAGUCUACAUGGAUGACGAAUUUCGGUAACGUCUGCAACACUCUACAAAGGAUACUCUUGUUGAAGAUCUUUCUUUAGUACAAUACAUGAGGGUGGGGAUUUGAAUCCACGACUUUUAAUCGGGAAUGUAUGUCUUAAAUUGAGCUAUGCUCAAGUUGGCUUCAUUACAAGAUCUAUAGUGCGCCCAAAUUUCUAUGUAUAUAUGUUAUAUGUGGAAUUUGUCCGAAAUACAAUUGUCUUGCCAUCCUAGGUCUAUUAACUUAAGUCAUUGGACAUUGGAUAAAGCUUCCUUCCUGAAGAUUCAGGAGGGAGCUUCUCUUGAAUUCAUGCGUGAUCCAGUAACAUAUAAAUAAGUGGAUUUUUUAAUUUUGUGAUCCACUUGUCUAUAUGCUAUUGGAUCACAUAGGAAUUCAGAAGGAGCUUUUUAGGAGGGAAAUUUUUAUUUAUAAUGUAAAUUUGUCCAACAAAAUUGUUCUUAUUUGUCAAAACUGUGUAUAGAUCAUUGUAACGAAAUCUCAAGUGCAACUGCAAUGUUUAAAUCUUCUUAGAUACGAAGUUUAUUUUAUUU